AUGGCCCGCGCGCAGUGGCUCCGCGCGGCCGUCCUCGGCGCGAACGACGGGCUCGUCUCCGUUGCCUCCCUCAUGAUCGGCGUGGGCGCCGUGAACGCGACGCGCAAGGCCAUGCUGGUGUCCGGCAUGGCGGGGCUCGUGGCCGGCGCCUGCAGCAUGGCCAUCGGCGAAUUCGUCUCCGUGUACGCGCAGUACGACAUCGAGGUGUUGCAGAUCAAGCGCGACGGCGAGGAGGAGGAGGAAGGCGCCAGGGACAGCCUGCCGAGCCCGACGCAGGCCGCGGUCGCGUCGGCGCUGGCGUUCGCGUUCGGCGCGCUGCUGCCGCUGCUGGCGGGGGUGUUCAUACCGUCGUGGGCCGCCAGGGUGGCCGCGGUGUGCGCCGCGACCAGCGUCGGCCUGGCCGGGUUCGGCGUGGCGGGCGCGUAUCUGGGCGGCGCCAACAUGCUGAGGUCCGGCCUGAGGGUGCUCCUGGGCGGCUGGUUCGCCAUGCUCGUCACGUUCGGCGUGCUCCGGCUGUUCGGGACGGUGUUCCACAUACAAGUCUCAUCGGCGUGA